AUAUCCCAUAAUUCUACCAUGGAAACAUCAACAUGGCUGCACCGAGCGAAGUGACAGCUCUACUAAAACGAGGGAAACGUAGCGUUGCCAGUCUCUUUAAAGGAGAGUGGUCUCGACGGAAUGGUUCCCCGAAAGCUUUCAAAGAAUUUCUUGACUAUUUAUUCGAUCCCAGGCGGAAGUCAAUCGAAGACGUGGACACGAUAGACUGGUGUCGAUGGAUUAUUGCAGGAGGAGCAACAUUUGAUGAAUUUUCUGCUGCAGUGAAACAGUAUGAUAAUGCUGUGACGUGUGGCCUGGUAUGGACUAAGAAUUUUGUAGCCUAUCGCUGCAGAACAUGUGGAAUAUCGCCUUGUAUGUCCCUGUGUUAUGAAUGUUUUCAUUCCGGAAACCAUGAGGGACAUGAUUUUAAUAUGUUCCGGAGUCAGGCCGGUGGGGCCUGUGACUGUGGGGAUGUCAGCGUCCUCAAUAAAUCAGGGUUCUGUUCUCGUCAUGGUCCAGACAGGAAGAACCUGAAUGUGACCCCGCCCCCUGACCUGCUCGCCAUUGCCGAAGCUCUGAUGCCCAGGAUCAUUCUAAGACUUAUUCAUCAUUUCCGGGACAAUUGCAAACCCAUUGCAUACCGGGAUACAUUCAGUCUGGCAAUGAAUGACGCAGAGCACUUCCUGUCUUUCCUACAUAGUUUAAGUGAUAUGGGUGCAGCCAUGCGCAAAGUAAUGGGACUAGCUUUGACAAACACUACUAUGUAUAAAUAUUUAACAGAAGUUGAGGAGCUGCCUGAUUACUCCAACAGUUACUUUGUAGACAGCCAAAAGAACUAUAAGAUGGAGCUGAAUAGUCUCAGUGUUCCUAAGGGAUUCGAGGACUUUGAUCGUUUACCUGGCCUGUCCCAGGAGCUACAUCACAACUGUUUACUGGAUGAGCUGGUCUUCUGGAUGGUCAAGUAUGAGUUUCCCGAGAAACUGGUCACGCUACUGUUAAGUCUUCUGCCAGAUGACCACUAUAAGGAGGCGUUCACUAAGGCGUUUGUGAAGCACUACAGCAGGAUAUCCCUGGUGCUGGUGAAGGGCCUGAAGCGGACGGAGAUCGGGAAUCGAGUCGUCCACAUCAGUGUCCAGUUAUUUAGUAACGAGAGAUUGGCCUGUCAGAUGGUACAGGAGUAUAACUUACUCUACACACUCAUCAUCAGCCUCACCCACAUGAUAGAGAAUACUCUACUGGAGAGUUCACUGGAGGAUUUCCGACUGAACUUCCACAUGGUGGUGGACUGUACCAAUGAGAUUAUGAAGGAGCACAUCUACUGGCCCAUCGUCAGCGAUUUCAUCAACCUCCUGGCCCAUAAGAAGGUGGCCCACAAGUUCCUCUCUGACAGUAAGCUAGUGGUCAUGUGGCUGGACCUCCUGUCUUACUUCCAAGGAAUGAAUCUCAACCAUCGAGAGCUCAGUCAGCACGUGGAGUUUGAGUCCGAGACCUACUAUGCUGCUUUUUCAGCGGAACUCGAGAUCGCUUCAGCCCCCAUGUGGUCCUUAAUAUCUCAUUGUAAAACGCCAGACAGUAAAGAACACGUCCUGAACAUGAUCAAAGUCUGUGUGGACGCUCUCCAGGACUGGUUUGAUGCCAUCAACUGUAAAGAGUCCACAAAGCCAAAUCCCUACCAGCUGACCUUUCACCUUCCUCUCCACCGUUACCUAGCAACGUUUAUAGAGACUGCGAUUACUCAUCAUAAGUUGACCUUUGAUGACCUCCCACUGACCGAGAAAGUCCUAAAAAUGACCUUCACUCAUCUCUUACAAAUACAGGUCUGUCUGGCAGAGAUCUACAGCUCUAUGUGGGUCAGAAAUGGAAUUCAGAUCAAAGGUCAAGCCAUGACCUACAUUCAGUGUCACUUCUGUUACUCCAUGGGAGAUGCUGACCUAUAUUUAAUGCAGCUUUGUGCCUGUAAGUUUGAUCCUGACUACUUUGUGAGAACAGUGAUGGAAAGAUUUCAUAUUGAGAACUGGUUGACCUUUGGCUCGACCCCAAUCAACACCAGCUUUAAGUUAGAGCCUGAACAACAGAUAGCCAUGGUUGAUGCCAUUUUACAGUUCUUCACAACACUGUUAGGAGUCAGAACUUACUUAGGUAUUACGGAGAAGGAGCUGACACACCUGGAGAUGGCUACUAUUCUGUGUUUUGGAGACAAGCCUCACAGUCAGAUCAUGGACUCCAUGCCAGAGAGGUCCGGCAUCACAGGACAGAAGGAACUGUUUGAACCCACUCUGGCUGAGAUAGCAGAUUACAAGGCACCAAACUUGGAGUCCAGUGGAGGUCUUCAACAGGGGACAUACACACCUAAAGGCUUUGUUUGGGAAAAGGAAUUUGAUCCAGUUCAUGUGUCCCUCAGAGCUCUUUACAAGAAAGACAUACAGACAGCAUUAGACAGAUACACUGAGCACAUUAGACAGUCUGGAAAAUACAAAUCUAAGACCCCUCCUUGGCCCCCGUUUAGACCCCCAGGGAAAAUUUCCCCUGCCUACAAAGAUCUGUACAGACUUCUUCACUGUAGAACCAUGCAUGCAUUUCUCUUUACAGUUCUAUACAGGUUCAUGAAGGAAACCAACAUUCCAGACAGCAUUUUGUACAACACUGUACACCUCCUUGACCUUGCUUUUACCUUGCCCUCUCCUGACACCUGUAGAAAGUUUAACAAGUCAUUCUGCGGUAGCGUGACUGACGUGGACUACCACGACUGGUUCUGUGGUACCAGUAUCCACCAGAACGUGCGUGAGGUGGUGAAGGAAGUCCUGAUCCCGGUACUGGUGGAGGACUUCCUGCCGUCUUCGCUCUCCACGCUGGAGGAAAUGUUCCAGAUGGCCCCCAGUGCCAUGAUGAACACAGCUGGUCCAAUCACAGCAGCCCAUUCUGGAGCAGUUCCCACUAGUCUGGUUCCCGUCCCUGUAUCUGGACACUGCCACCUGGUGACCCACAAGUCUCAUCAGGCCGCCGGUAAAUCUGAUUCUGUGCCAAAAUACGAAAACAGAGGAGUCUCCACUGAGCAUGCUCAAAAACUGUGUGUCCCAAUCAACGAGUGUAUUAUAAGCAUUCUGAUGAAAAUCCAUGCCAAACUGACGGGGCGAUCUUGUUCCUACGCCCCGCUGUCUCAGUCUAAGCGACAGCUCUCUGAUUCUGUGAUAGGAGAUGGACCUUUUUUUCUGUGUAAGCUUCUGGACAAAAUGUCACAGAGCAGUACGGAGUGUGCGCGUGCCAUUGAGGAGGUGUACAGGUCUCUACAGCCCAAGGGGGCAUCAGGGGCGGGGAAAAAACGUGACACCGCCAAAGACGAAGAACGGAGGAGAAAGGCUAGGGAGAGACAACAGAAACUCAUGAAUAAAUUUGCCUCCAAACAGAAAGCUUUCAUGGAGCACAAUCUUCAGCCUGCAUCAGAUGAUGAGAAUGACGCUACGAGCGAUACGUCCGCCACGGAGAUUCCGCUGGACACCAGCAGCAGUCAGCAGGUCAAGGAGUACGACUGUGUCAUCUGUGGUACCACCUCACCCUCCACCGCUGAGAAGACCAUGGGUCUGGUGGUGCUUCUACAGCCCAGUAGUGUGUUGGGACACCGCCUACAGGAGAAUGAUGUAAUCAGUCUACCCUUAAAGAAGGAACAACAACUCUACUCGCACAUCUCCUGCUCUUCUGUCCAGAAACAGCAGCUCAAAACCAUGUUUGAACACUUUGAAGAGAGUUCGUGUCAGUUGUCAGUGAACAUUGGUUGGGAGGGAGGCGUGGUCAUUCAGACCUGUGGUCACUAUCUACACCUGGACUGUCAUAGUUCUUACCUGUUGUCCCUCAGGACUCAGGAGAUGACAGGGAACUUGGCAGUCAAUAAAGGAGAGUACUGGUGCCCCCUGUGUCGACAGUUGGCUAACUCCGUGAUCCCAAUUCCCCCGGAGGAGGAUCAGUUUACAGUCAAGAGGCCCCUGUCUCCCGACCCCCAGCAACUGAUCAAAGACGUAGCCGAAAUGAUGGUCUCCCGACCCAUAACACCUAGAUCCCCUAACCUUACUAAGGUUAUGGGUAGUGUAAUGGAGGACCUGACUAACGCUACAUACGGGAAGUUUAAGACCUACACUAGUUCCCAAACCUCUGAGAGUGUGCUUCUCUUUGUGUGCUCUGUAGCCAGGACGAACCUUGAGAUGGAGCUAGUCAACAGAGGGAAAGUUCUCAUAGAGUCCACGUCUCAAUCAGGAAAACGCUGUUUCUUGCCAACCUACCAUGUUCUCAGCAUGCACAGUAAAAUUCUGACUACCAAACCCUAUACUGAUCUCUGGUCACACAUGACUGGCUUAAGCCGAUCUGAACAGACCGAUAGUGUAUCCCUGUAUCAUAAAGAAGUUCCCCUGCUUCUGAAGGACCCGGUGUCUCUCCUGAUUCAGAUCCUGUUAACUCUACCAUCCACAAUGGAAAUAGAACACUUUGAGAGUGUGUUGAGAGUCCUGUAUAAUGUUGUGUACAUCAAAGCUAUAGCUGCCACCAGUUGUACGUUUACCUCAGAGGAGAGAGAGGCCUGGAGAAAGAAAGGGAGACAUUCCCAGCUGACAUCUUUGGAGGGAAUGAUGAGUCAUGUGAUUACGCGUCUACAGCUAAGUCGGGUUUACGACGACAUUGACAUGGACAAAGACAUUCCUGCAAUAUGUCAGAGUGUCUGGUCCCCUCAGAGUGUGGACAUGGCCAUACAGGACAUAUUUCUACCCUUCCUCCGAGUCGCCGCCCUACUCAAGUACCACUUAUUUAAUGUGGAGUUCCCCAAACAAAUGUCCUCUGAUUGCGAGUUUCUACACCUGUGUGAUUACCUUAAGAUCCAGGGGACCGGCCCCACCCACAAUGAUGGCCAGAGCACCUGUUCCUCCCGGGUCAGGUGGACCACCGAGGAACCACUCAACCUGACCCGAGCCUGGUGCACUGACCUCGCCAAUGUAGCCAAUCAGGAACCAGUAGAUUUCAAGUCCUUGCUCAUGGCCAAUACAAACUGGCGCCGUCCUCAGCUGAUUGAACUGCCCCACCAGUAUUACCUGAUCUUCCAGGCGUACAGCCAGAAGUCGUGCGUGACGUGUGGGGAGGUACCUAAUGACCCCGCCAUCUGUCUGGUGUGUGGACAGUACACCUGCUUCAGACAGAACUGUUGUACACAGCAGGGGGUCUCAGAGUGUGUCCAUCAUUCCAUUCAGUGUGGUGCGGGUACAGGGAUGUUCCUCCUGAUUAACUCCACCAUUGUGGUGGUCAUUCGCGGGCCGCGCGCCACACUUUGGGGGUCUGUGUAUCUGGACGACCAUGGAGAGGAGGAUCGCGACCUCAAGAGAGGGAAGCCUCUUUAUUUGAGUAAAGAGAGAUAUCAUCUGCUCCAACAGCAGUGGUUAACUCAUAGCUUUGACAGAAGUUGUCAACGCUGGAUCUGGCACCAGGAUAGGCUGUAACCAAUCAAAAUGUUUAUAAGCACCAGCUCACCACUGGAUCUCACCAAUCAGAAUGUUCAACACAUUCAGCCAAUCCGAGUUUGUCUUUCUUUUCUCUCAGAUUGGCUCUGAUAUUCAGCCAAUCAGACAGCCUGUUUCAAAUGUCAGAACAGCUAGGUAGGAAAGGAAUUUACUCAACAAGGAUUCUUUUUGGCUAUUGGCUAUUCCAAAUGCUCAAAUUUAAUGAAGAUUUAAUGCUCAUUCUGAGGACUGUGACAAAAAUGGAGGACUGUUUUUUCUUUUUCCUAUUGUUUGUUUUUAGUGAUUCAGUAUUAAAGCAGAUGGGAUGUUGAUUUGUUAAAUACUUGUUUUGCUAAAUGUAUUGUUGAAAUUCAUUUAAGAAUCAUGUUUAUGAACUCUUUUAAAAUCCAUCUUGCUACAUCAGAAUUACUUCAUUAUAUCCUUUACUUUAUGUCAUUAUUAAUAAUAUGAGAGAGAUAGAGGUGCUUGCCAUGGAGGAUGAAUAGGAACUGAAAAUUUACCAGUAUAAAAGGGGGGGGGGGGAGUUAUACUCUUUAUAUGUUUUACAAAGUAUAGAUCUGAUGACACAUAUUGGGAUUUUUGAAGAGGGUGCAAUUAAGUAAACAACUAAUUGUAAAUGUUGUGAUUUUUAAUACAAAGAGUUUGACUUUGUCAAUAUAUUGCUGUUUUUUAUGAGUAAUUUUUAAUUAGCACAUUUACAUCAGUGUGUAUUCUAGUCUAAGGAAAAAUAAAAACCACUUUGUCAUGCCAAGGUUGUGCACCCAGUCCACUUGUUUGCAAAUGAAAGGUUGAUUUUUUUUUAUAAAUGAAGUCAGUCAAUUAAAUUCAAAUAUUCUGUUCUGAAUGAUUUGGUGCCAUUUUUUGUCCCUAGCUAGCUUACUUUUUUAUUAUCUUAUCUGGCUGGCUGCUCCAGAGGUUAAAGUUUGUGGAUCCUGAACUGAUUUUUCUAGUAGGUAGAACACUUUAAUUUUAAUGAACUAGACAAACUACACAGCUUUUCUAGCUGAUGACCUGUAUACUUUUCUCCAGCCACGACAUGUAUGACUUCUGGCACCAGCUAGCUUAUCGCUGCAUAGAGUUGUCAUUUGAUAACACAACCAAAUGGCUUUCUCGGUAAGAAAUCGGGUGGGGGGAUAUCAAUUCUGUGAACUUGCUUGUAGCUAUUCUUUAUAUACAGUGUAGAUUUCAGUCAUAUAAUCAUGGAGAUGCCAUUUUGUUACAAGGCACAUCAGACUUGAAGGAGUGUGCUGUUGCUAUUUGGAAUGUAUCAAUGUUUUAUUACUAUGGACUUUGUUUUGAUUAUACUGUUAUGAUGGAUUACAAAAUGUAUAUCCAGUAUUUUGUUGUGUGUUAUAUGAAAUAAAAGCCAAGAAAAUAACUGUUACAACAAG